CGUGAAGUUAGUUCUGCCAAAAUCUUUGAGGUCGAUUGUACGUCUGAAAAUGAGUUCGAGAAUCGAGAUGUUAUCUGAACUGAAAGAUGGCAACAGUCUGUCAACAAGGGCGAGUUUCUGUUUGCGUUGUCUAUAGAUGGUUGAAUUUUAAAGAAGAUACGAACGAUGAGAAAUGUAAUUGCAAAGGUUAUGAAAAUCAACGCAUAAUGCUAAGUGAUCGACAAAUUUUAUUACGUUGUAGAGAAUUGUAACAUAUAUCAGGUUCACGAGUUCACGUAUCACGAUACGAUUGUGACGUUUACCAAAAUGGCACUACAAGAUGAAAACACCUGGAUUUUAGAAUUAGAAGCAGCUUUGCUUGAUACAGAGACACCAUCUGCUUCUGAUAUAUAUGCAAUUUGUAAAGGGCAGGCUGUUCCUAUAAAUCUGAGACCAGCUGUAUGGCAAGCUUGUUUAGAUGUUACUGAUUUGGGUAAUCAGCUAAGUCAAUUUAAUGAAGUUUAUGAUUUAUCAGAACAAAAUAUUAUACGUGAGGAUUGUCAACAACUGGUUGGAAAACUUGGAAAUGAUGAUGAGGACAAAGUUUCUGUUGUUUCUGAUGUAGAAUCUAUUUUAACAUUUUAUUGUAAGAGCAAAGGGAAAGAGUAUAAACGAGGAAAUGGGUGGAUAGAGUUAUUAGGUCCUUUAAUAGCUUUAAAACUUCCACGUAGUGCAACAUAUAAUUUAUUUGAAGCAAUAAUAGAGUUUUAUAUUCCUAGAGGUGAAACGUACAGUUCUGUUUUAAGACUAUUAUUACUUUAUCAUGAACCAGAAUUAUGUUCUUUCCUGGACACAAAAAGAGUGUCCCCUGAUCAAUAUACAAAAGGCUGGGUGACCACUCUGUUUGCAGGCGUAUGUUCAUUACCAGCUGUUUGUACAAUGUGGGAUCUAUAUUUCAUGCAAGCUGAUCCAUUUUUUAUGUUGUUUCUCUCUCUCAUUAUGGUGAUAAAUGCUAGGGAACAAAUUUUAAGCAUGAAAGAUAACGAUAAACAAAGUAUAAUAGAGGCGAUCGCGGCUAUGCCUUGCGCAUUAGAAGCAGAAGAUGUGACAGACUUUUGUUCGUUGGCACAAUAUUAUGCAAUGAAAACACCAUCGUCUUUCAAACAGGAUUUGUAUCCCAUUAUGUUUGGUGAUGGUUCCGAUGAAAAAUAUAUAUCGCACGCUCUUUGCUUACCCGUUUCGGCUCAAGAAUUAGUUGAGAAUUCGAUUGAAAUUCCGUCCGUAUCUAGUACCUCUGUCGAGUCUGUAAGAUUCUUUUUAGUGGACUGUAGGCCAGCCGAACAGUACAAUGCAGGACACUUGCCAACUGCAUUUCAUCUAGACUGUAAUUUAAUGCUACAAGAGCCUGCUGCCUUCGCGACAGCAGUACAGGGAUUACUGCAAGCACAACGACAAGCUUUGGCUGUUGGAUCGCAAGCCGGUGGCGAACAUCUUUGUUUUUUAGGGAGUGGUAGGCAAGAGGAAGAUCGUUACACGCAUAUGGUAGUCGCAUCCUUUUUACAAAAACAUACCCAAUAUGUCAGUAUGGUUACAUCAGGAUAUCAAGCCAUACAUGAGUACUUUGGUGACGAAGUCGUUUCUAGCCUCGUGGAUCAUAAUUCGCAACAUUGCUUAGUGUGCAGCGCUAAUAUAUCGGAAUCAAAUUCUAAUGAAACAAGUCCUGCCAAGAUCAAGAAUAACAAUUCUGACUUUUUCGGGAAGAUCAAGAAAGUGAAGGGGAAGUUGUUCGAUUAUAUUGUUAAUCCAUCAGCAAGUGUUCACAACAAUAUGGAAAACAGAAAUGGUAAAAGCUUGGACCCUACGAAGUACCAAAAGAAAAUGGGCCCGGUAUUUAGUAUCGAUGAUGAUCAGGAAUUGGACAUGACAAUGACGAACAACGAAAGCGAAGAACCUAUCGAAGUUGUAUCUAUUCAACAGUGGAUGAAAGAUCCGAAAUUGUUACAUUCCUUUAAGUGCCAAGAAGUAAAAGUGAACGGAGAUCUUUGUGAUAGUAUACUUUUGGUUACCGACACUCAUCUUAUUGUACUUCGGGAAAUACAAGAGAGGAAAGGCGCAGCGCAUGUAAUCGUGAAACGUCCAUUAACAAGCAUCGUGAAAAUAACGUCUAGAAAGAGGCACUCGGAUCUAAUCACGUUCAAGUACGGUACGACACAAUAUAACGAUACGGUAAUUUCAGAUAUGGAUAAGUUUUUAAUUCCUAAUGCAAGUGAGGCUACUAAACUGAUUACCCAACAGAUUUUAAAACAAUUGAAAACAUCAAAUUAAUGCGAAUAUCAAACUAGCCUCAGAGUUUUUUAACAUCGUGCACGAUGGUAUACGUGUGAUUGAUUUUGAUUCGGUUUAGAUGAAUCUUUCGGAGUAAAUUUCAGAAUUUAAACUCCUUUUAUUUCUUCAGUUGUUUAUGAUCGCUUUAACUAAAUGGUACUACAAACAUAUAAUACGUUUCAUGUGUCAUUAAAACUAGUGUAAUUGAAGAAAACAGUCUGUGAAUGGGUCUAAGAACACUUAAAGCGUUUCUUAUGUGAAUAAUAUGGCCACACACAUGCGAUUAGUACUUGCAUUCUAAGAUUUCAAUAGUUCUACUAAUUUAUUGUAUGUACUCUCGCAAAUUACGCUUAGACUUCUAAUUCUUUUUCCGCACUUAAGUUGUUUUCAAAAAUACGUUACUUCCACGAGAUAGUAUUUUAUGCAUUUCUUUUUCGUAAUCGUAUCGUAUCAAUGUUACUAUUCGAUUUAUUCUUUAAUUUAUAAAAUGGCUAAACAGUGGCCUUACUGUAAGAAUGAAUAGGAGAGGUAAUGGACUCUGCGAAAAUUAUUAUUACAAUUAUUUACGAUGGAAUGUGAAGUGCCAUGAAUCAAAGAACAUAGAUUUCUUUACCUAAAUGUAAUAUAAUACAUAAAAAGAUAUCGAUAUUUUUAACAUUGAACGAUUCAUUUUUUGUUUCAAAAGGAGAUUAAUACCUUUAAAUCACAAACAAAUUCGCGCAUCUAUUACAGUAGGUAUAUGAUACCUAACACUCUAACGAACUGAUAAUUGGUCCUAAUGUAAUACAUUUUGAAAUAACGAUAACAGAAUGGUUAUAAUAUUUGCAUUUUAUAGUAUAUAAUCUUGCACUAAAUGUCUUUACAAAAUAUGUACAGAUGGUACAAAAUACACGAAAUACAAAAUACGUUAUGUGGAUAUCAAUUUUACAGGCAUACAUAUUAGACGUUACACUGCCUGUUAUAUUUCGAAAAAUUUUUAAAGUUUACGAUCUUUCGAAAAUAUGUCUGUAAUUCAUAGAAACAUUUCUUUCAUUAUAAUUACGCUCAUGUUCAAAUUUUAAAACGUAAACGUAAUACGACUGUUUUGCAAUAUUAUUACAUUAUAAUCCAAUAUUAUCACAUUUUUCUAGUAAUACAUUAAUGUGUUUUCAUCUGUACUGUUACGCUGUUCAAUUACUUUCACAAAAAAAAUAUUUAAUUACUGUACAAAAUGAGGUGAACUAUGGUUGUAUAAUUUCGCUGAUCCCAAUGUAAACAAGUCAUUUACUUAAUGUCUACGUC